AUGCCAAGCUGCGGAACGGCAAAACGGAGCGCGCACCCUGUGUCGGAGACGCAAAAGAUGAAGUUGAAAAUCGACGAGGUGGCAAUCACGAUCGAUGUCAAGCGCGAUGCUGUGCAGCAACGUGAGCGCGGACCUUUGCAAAUCGUCCAGCUCGCUUCGAGCGACGACGGCGCUGCAAAAUAUGUAGUUCCGGACGCUGCAAUGCACGUCACGCCUCGGCUGCCUCCGUAUACACACUCGUCGCAAGAGCCAGACGACAAUACGCUUGGCGCGCGCGCCAAACGAUUCGCCCGCGUGUUGAUGUCGGGUGCUUCGUUGGACGUGGUGCAGCUCUGGGCGUUUGUGUAUGCAUAUUUCUCGCUAUGGCACGACCAUGAAUACUUUAUCUUGGAUGCAGCGCAGUCGAGUGACGCACAGACGUGGCUUGCCCCUCUGCUUCGCUCUGGCCUCGCCCUUCCGCACCCAGACGACGUGCGAUCCGCAUCUUACAACACGCUCCUUGUCUCGCGCGCUGCAUUCUGGCAAGGUGCAGGUCCUGUGCCUUGUGGUGGAUGGGUUCCCAUCUUGGAAUCACAGGGGUACCCAUUUCUCCCAACGACUAACCGCAAUGUGCCGGAAGGACUUGCAUUGGGCACCCUGCACCCCGCGCGGGCCCCAAAAAUCGGCGCUUGGGAUGCGGCGCAAGAAGCGGUGGUGUACCGCCGCUAUAUCCCUGAGCUUGAGCAGACACUCACAUUUCGCCAUGCCAGCUCCAAGUCGGAAAAAGAUGUGGAUCUGCUCCAUCGCUGGCAUGCCGACGAUCGUGUAAAGACAGGCUGGCGCCAGGACAUGCCGCGCGAUGCGCACAAAAAGUACCUUGCGGACCAAGAGGCUACGGGCGACUCGAUUGCUCUUAUUGGUGCAUGGGACGGCGAGCCGUUUGGCUACAUCGAGGUCUACUAUCCAAAAGAAACGCCGCUGCGCAACUACUUUGAUGCGGGCGACUACGACCGUGGCUUUCACGCACUCGUGGGCGAGGAUCGAUUCCGGGGGCCGCAUCGUGUUCGGUCCUGGAUGGGAAGUGUGAUCCAUUUUUUGUUCCUUCUCGACAACCGCACGAUGCGCGUGGUCAGCGAGCCCCGCGCUUCAAACACCAAGAUGGUCGAGUACGAGUGCAUGUGCGGCGGCCACGUCGAAAAGUGGAUCGAUUUGCCGCACAAGCGCGCUGCUUUGGUGUAUGUGCCGCGUGAGCGCUAUUUCCAGCUGUGCCCCAUGGGGCCACUGCGCGAGACUGCGUCGGAGGUGAAGUGA